UGCUUUACGGCAAACAGCUGAUCGCGUGAGAGCGGAAGCGGAAGAAACAUAAACUGCGCAUCAGAAAAUCAGAGAGGCGCCAAGUAAUCGACAUUGAUCAGUAAUAGAUAUCAUCAAUAUAUCAGACAGAGGAGAGAUGAGCCGCGCAGGCGCCGAACUGAGGAUUAUCUUCAGCCCGGGCCGCGUGGAGCUGGUUCAGGAAGAGGCUAUGGUCCCGUCUCCGAGGGUACUAGUUACCGGGGCAACGGGUCUUCUGGGUCGAGCCGUCUGCAAAGAGUUUCAGAACAGCGGCUGGUUGGUUGUUGGGACCGGAUACAGGAGAGCCAGGCCCCGCUUCUUACGCUGUGACCUCACAGACGAGGAUGCCGUCAGAGGACUGUUGCAUGAGUACAAACCUGAUGUGAUCAUCCACUGUGCGGCAGAGAGACGUCCAGAUGUUGUGGAGAGACACACUGAAGCAGCUGUAAACCUGAAUGUGCACUCCACAAGCACGCUCGCCAAAGAGGCAGCUGUGUGCGGCGCCUUCUUCCUCUACAUCAGCACGGACUACGUGUUCGACGGCAGGAAUCCUCCGUACGGAGAGGACGACAGUCCAAAUCCCCUCAAUGUCUAUGGACGCAGCAAACUGGAGGGAGAGAGAGAGACACUCAGACACUGUCCAGGUGCCGUGGUGCUGCGGGUGCCCAUUCUGUUUGGGGAGGUGGAGUCGGUGUCUGAGAGUGCGGUGACAUCACUGUGGCUCAAAGUCCAGGAGGCAACAGAGAGCUGCACUCUGGAUCACUGCCAGCAGAGGUUCCCCACCGACACCCGAGACGUAGCAGCUGUCUGCAGGAAACUGUCAGAGAGAGCAAGACAGGACCCAUCUAUCAAAGGAAUCUUUCACUUCUCGUCCAAAGAGCAGAUGACCAAAUAUGAGAUGGCUGUUGCGAUGGCUCAGGCUUUCAACCUGCCGUCCAACCACCUCAUACCUCUGACGGAGCAGCUGCCAGCAUCAACUCUUCGUCCAAACAACAGUCAGUUAAACUGUUCUCGUCUUGAGCUUCUGAACCUCAGCGUUGAACCACGACCAUUCACCUCGGCCAUCGUCGAUUGUCUGUGGCCGUUCACACCUGACAAACGCUGGAGACAGACCGUCUUCCACUGACAUGCAGACAGGUAGAGACAGGUGAAAGGAACGUAGACAUUUCCUCCAUUGACUCUCUUAAAGUGUGUCACAUUUCAGGCUCCGCCCCCUGCAGGCUGAUGACAUCAUAGUAAAUAAAUGAGGUGUCACUAACCCAGGCUGACAGAACCCGUCCUUCUGUCCAUAUUCCGUAAUGUUCCAAACUGUCUGAUGAUGCGUUUAGGUACGCUCAGCAGCUCGUAUGUUUAUUACCUGAUAAUGUUAGCAAGUUCACCUAAAUUGGCACAUGAAGUGGACCAAUUUUAAAAAAACCACGGUGAUGUCACUGUUCACCUGCUGAUUGACAGCUGUCAUAGACCACACGCAACCAUGCAGGUGGAACCUGAGGUGAGACAGCAGUAACAGAGAGAAAGAAACUGGUAUUACUGAGAGCAAGAUAGGUGGACUGAUAUACGCUGAUGUAUUGAUAUGUUCGCAGUAUUUACAAUAUAUUUACGAUAUAUGUAUGUUGUGAUUAGUCAUGAAACCCUGAGUUCUGUCUGCAGGUUCAAGUUAUCAGUUAGUUCUGGUUAUUGUUGGACUUUAUUCUGACUGGUUGUUGUUUAUGUGGUGAACAAACAAGACCAAUUUAAUCUGGAAGACACCUGUGUGCAAAGUGUUUGUGUUAAAUCUAAUGUCUAUUUUUAUUUAGUUUUUGUAGGAAUGACAUCAUCAUUCAAAAUGUUGAAACUACUGAUUUAAGAUAAGAUAUGCUUAUUAGUCCGCACUGGAGACAUUCACAAUUUAUUCUCUAGUCCUUUCAUUAGAGUUAAAAAAUAAAAAUGAAACUGGUUCAACGUACGCAACUAAAAUCCAUUUUUAGGAGUCAACGCAACUUAAGAUGUACGGCAGUGGACAAACCUCAGCUGUUGCUUUUGGAUAUUUGAUGUAAAAGCUGUCAAUUAUACACAUAUGUGAUUCUGUCGUAGUUGAUGUAAAUGACAUUAAACAACUGAAAUACUGAA